UUGAAGUGUUCAACGCUACCCGUGGAAACACGCAACGUGUUUAUGACUUUGUGUUGUUAAUAUUCCAAUGGAGAGAAUGAGCAGGGUGGAUUCUUCAAUAAGAAGGGGUUCAUUCAGCAUGUCAAGUCAUAUAAGCCAUCACACAGAUAACAAUGAUGAUGCUGAAUCUGGUAGUGUUUCAGAGGCUGGAGACAUUGGUGACCGAGCUCUUCGAAGCAGAAGGUUCAGCGAGAGCAACAGUUUUCGUUUGUCUUUUGACAACAGAUCAGAAAAUGGAGCUGUUUCUACUCUCAUUCAAGAUGGGAACAGAUUGCAGCCCAAUUCCUCUGUUAUGCCUUUGCAAAUUGAGCUCACAUCACCACUUUCUACCGAUGCAGUUUUGAUUUCUGAAGAAGGUGCAAAGGAUGAGCAUAAUGGUUUGCCAGAGUGGCUGGACUAUAUUUCAUGUAUGGCUCUUUUAGCUGUUUUCGGAAUUCUUGGGGUUCUAACAAGAUAUUUACUGCAAAAGUUAUUUGGCCCUGGGGUUGCCAAUGUGACAAGCGACCAAACUAUUCUUUACCCUGACCUUCCUUCUAAUGUGGUUGGUUCAUUUCUUAUGGGAUGGUUUGGUGUUGUAUUCAAAGGAGACAUAUCUCAUGUAUCAGAGCAUCUAGCCAUAGCAAUAACGACUGGUUACUUAGGGAGCCUUACAACUUUCAGUGGUUGGAAUCAGGGUAUGCUGCAACUCAGUGUUUCCGGCCACUGGGUUUACUCUUCACUUGGCUUUCUUAUAGGUUUUUCUCUUGUUGUCAUUUCCAUCAUAUUUGGGACAGAAAGUGCCAAGGGUUUCAGGUGGCUUCUUAACAGGCUCAAUAUGUGUUCAGCAAAUGGUAGCUCCAAAAUCAACUACAAAGUAGACAGCUACCGCCUUCAAUUGACACUUAUGUUGAUGUCCUUGGUGAUCUUGGCUAUAUUAUGGGGUGUUAGUGGUGCAUUGGUGAAGGCUAAGUUCAAGCAUGGUGGCAGUGCUGCUCAAUUAUGGAUUGCUUGCAUCGUUGGACCUUUUGGUGUGUGGAUUAGAUGGUUCUUAGCACGGCUCAACGGACGCGGGUUAGGAAAGGCAGGGUUGUAUAAAUGGGUUCCAUUUGGGACUCUAAUUGCCAAUGUAUCAGCUGCUUGUGUUAUGGCUGCACUUGCUUGUGUCAAGACCGCAGUGAACACCAGGAAUUGUGACACUGUUGUAGGAGGAAUACAGUUUGGUCUGAUGGGGUGUCUGAGUACUGUUUCUACUUUUGUUGCAGAGAUUAAUGCAAUGAGAGAAAGCAGACAUCCUUGGAGAGCUUAUGCAUAUGCUGCCAUGACAAUAUGUGUUUCAUUCUCUUUAGGAAUCUUAAUAUACUGCAUCCCUUAUUGGACAAAGGGGUUUGACAACGACACGUAAGCAUUAAUGGAGGAACACAACACAAUCUUGUUAAGAGUCACAAAGCUUAUUGGGCAAAUCAACCUAUUGGAAAGCAAAAUAUAUAUAUGCGCAUACCCUGCUGCUUCAGAGUUCAGUCACUGAGGGAUCUUGUUGAGCUUGCAGUAAGCAUAAUCUUUGAAGUUCUUGGUCUUGUAUUUUGGUGGGUUUUCUUGGUUAACAAGCUUUGGGUGAGGCCCAACUUCAUGCUCUGGUUGGGGCUCUAUGAACACUGGCCACGAAAUUCUUGUUUUGUCUUUGCUCACUGUUGUCCUGUGGAGGACAGCCUUGUAUUUUCCAUUGCUCAUUAUCUGUCACCAUAAAACAGGUAUAUUAUUUUAAAUCUUGUAUAUAUUGUUAGAAUA